AUGGCGGGUUCACAGAAUACUCAAGAUGUCUGGGAACAAACAGAACAAGACUGCUAUGUCGCCUUGACACACAAUCACUUAAACGCCCAGGCCAUCAUGGACCGUGUACGCAGCCCCUCAGCUGGCGCUAUUGUUCUCUUUGCAGGCAAGCUCUCUCGAACCACCCGUGAUAAUUUCGCCGGGAAACCGGUCAAGGAACUGCAAUACACAGCAUAUCACCCUCGCGCUCUAAAGUCCAUGAUGGUCAUUGCGAAAGACGUUCGUGAGAAGCAUGGUCUGCGUGGAGUAGCCAUGAUUCAUCGUCUUGGUGCUGUUCCCAUCGGUGAGGAGAGCAUUCUGAUCGCCGUAUCAUCCCCGCAUCGUCAAGCAGCGUGGCGGGCGGGUGAAGAAGCGUUGGAAGAGUGUAAAAACAAGGUUGAGGUAUGGAAACGUGAAGAGUUCGAAGGUGAGGAGGGAGUUUGGAGAGCCAAUAGGGAUGGAGCUAUAGGACAGCGCGAAACAUAG